GAACAACUGGGUGGCCAAUGGUUGGAGAAAAUAUUGACUUUGUCCUCUCAGGUCCACAAAAGUUCAUAUCCAGAAGAAUGAACAAAUACUCGCCUCAAAUAUUUCGAACAUCGUCGUUGGGAGAGAAACUGUCAGUGUUCUGUGGCGCAGCAGGUAACAAGUUUCUGUUCAUGAAUGAUGGAAAACUUCUCACCUCAUGGUGGCCACAAUCAUUGAAAAAGGUUCUGAUCUUUCCUUCAUACGCCGAAAACUCUGCCAAGGAAUUAGGAGCACUACAACAUAGUUUUUUACAAGAAAUUCUCAAGCCCGAAGCGUUAAAACUGUACAUACCCAUCAUGGACUCAAUGUCUCGUGAACACUUGGAAACCGAAUGGGUUCCAUUUAAUGAAGUGAAGGUUUUCAAUCUAUCAAAAAAGUAUACUUUUGAACUGGCGUGUCGAUUGUUCAUGAGCAUAGUAGAUCCUAACCAUGUCAAAAGGUUAGCUGAUGCCUUCAUUCUGGUUACUUCUGGGAUGUUCUCAGUGCCAAUAGACUUGCCUGGCACAGCUUAUAAUCGUGUGCUAAGAAAGGAGGCAAAAUGGUGUUGGGAAAAUAGGCUUUCCCACAAGUGUAAAUCAAUGGAAGCAAUAUAA